AUGUUGUUCCGAUUAUUAACUUCAGGCAUCGAUAACCUUCCUUCCGAAAUUCACUAUCAUUUUACUGAGAUAACAAAUAAGGAACAAGAAAUUGAGCAACUGGCGGAGAGAAUAGAACGCCGUAAGAAAAGACUGUGGUGUCUAUAUGAUGGUAUUCCACUUGAAGAAGAUAGUGAUUGUUCCACUAGUGAUCAUAUUGUUAAAAAGAAGCGGCGUCGUGUGUCUCGCGUUAUUACUGAAUUCGAAGAUGAAGAAAUGCUAAAAGAUAAGAUAAUUAAAGAUUAUAUAAGAGCUUCACAAUUACAGGAUGAAAAAAUCGAAAUUGCUGAUAAAGCUCUUGCACUAGUCGAAAGACAUAUAAAACGCCUUGACGAAGAUUUUGAUAGUCUAUUUCCGCAGCAUAAUCUUCGCGAAAAUCUUCAUGAAUCUUCCACUUCAGCUCCACCGAGCCCACCCAGAAUAGAUCCUCUAAUAACAAUUCAGCCAUCAACACAUCACGUGAAUACUAUAUCAACAUCACAAGCAACUAGGACACCUGUUCAUCAGCCAAUUUCAGCAGUAACACCUAUGCCAACAUCCAAUUUUCCUAACACAUUUGAUUACAAUAAAAUUUAUUACCCCUCAUCAAGCGCUGAAUCUGAAGAAAUUCCAUUGCCAUUUUUACCAAAUCCGACAAGUUCGUCUGCAACACGGUGUAAUAAAGAAGACUCUAUGAUCUCAGGUCGCCGACCGUCUGCAAUAACCGUUAGUGGUAAUAGCGCAAGACGUCGAAAGCAAAUUUCUCAGAAUAAUAUAUCAACUUAUAUAUCAAAUUCGGACAGUCAUUUCUCGAGAGGAUUCAAAUUGCGAUUACAUAAUGGAGAAGAAAAUUCGAAUUCUGGGUCGUCGUCAGUUACUGAUCAAACCACGAAUGUUGACAUGGACCUAAUGGAUCCAAGCACUGACGCAUAUGAAAAUCCACUUAUGUCUAGCGCCAACACAUUUACAUCAGGUUUCGUACAGCCUAUUGAUCCGAAUGAACCGGUAUAUUGUAUUUGUAGACAAGUCAGUUUUGGAGAAAUGAUUGGUUGUGAUGGAGAG